GCAUCUCUGCAUCAAACAUCAAAAAACGUCGUGCUUUAUUCACAUUGCAAGUCUAGUUUUUCGUGUUCUCGUGGUUCUUUGGUGUCUGAAAAUUGCCUAGCGUGAUCGGUUGAAUAUUUUGCAAAAUGUACGGUCCACAGCAGCAUAUUCUUGUUCUAAGUCAGAACACAAAAAGAGACAGCGGCCGAAAGGUGCAGCUGGAGAAUAUUAAUGCCGGCAAGACCAUAGCAGAUUUGAUUCGGACAUGCCUUGGACCGCAGGCCAUGCUGAAAAUGCUGAUGGAUCCGAUGGGAGGAAUAGUAAUGACCAACGACGGAAAUGCGAUUCUGCGGGAAAUCACUGUGCAGCAUCCAGCUGCCAAAAGUAUGAUUGAAAUUGCUCGAACGCAAGAUGAAGAAGUAGGUGACGGAACCACGUCGGUUAUUGUGUUGGCCGGAGAAAUGCUUGCAGUAGCAGAGCAAUUCCUUCAGCAACAGAUCCAUCCAACAGUUAUUAUUCGAGCGUACAGAGAAGCACUGGAAGAUAUGAUCAAACACCUGAAUACAGACGUUAGUAUUCCGCUGGAUAAGGCCGAUAAGGAGAAGAUGGCCGAAGUAAUCAAAUCGUGCGUUGGUACUAAAUUUAUUGGUCGUUGGUCAGAUUUGGCAGUAAAGAUUGCCUUGGAUGCGGUUGAAACCGUUAUGUUGACGGAAAAUGGUCGCACGGAGAUUGACAUUAAAAAAUAUGCUAAGGUGGAGAAAAUUCCUGGUGGAUCCAUUGAUGAGUCGUGCGUUUUGCGAGGGGUUAUGUUGAAUAAAGAUGUUACUCAUCCCAAGAUGAGACGGUACAUUGAGAAGCCUCGCAUCGUUUUGCUGGAUUGUCCAUUGGAAUACAAAAAGGGUGAGAGCCAAACUAAUGUCGAAAUUGUUGGCGAUCAGGAUUUCACCAAGCUGUUGCAAAUUGAAGAGGAACAUGUGGCAAAAGUUUGCGCCGAUAUCAUCGCCGUUAAGCCGGAUGUUGUGUUCACGGAAAAGGGCGUAUCGGAUUUGGCUCAGCAUUUUCUGCUAAAAGCAGGAAUCACCGCGAUCCGUCGUUUGCGUAAGACAGAUAAUAAUCGUAUUGCCCGUGCAUGUGGUGCUACGAUUGUUAAUCGCACGGAGGAGUUGACCGAAAACGACGUUGGCACCGGUGCCGGGCUUUUUGAAAUCAAAAAGUUGGGUGAUGAAUAUUUCUGUUUCGUGACCGAUUGCGCCGAUCCUAAAGCGUGCACUAUUUUGCUGCGUGGAGCAUCGAAGGAUAUUCUGAACGAAACCGAAAGAAAUCUUCAGGAUGCGCUUCAUGUUGCUCGGAACCUGAUGCUGGAGCCGCGUGUACUUCCAGGUGGUGGCGCAGUCGAGAUGGCCGUAUCGCAAGCACUGACAAACAAACAAAUCCAGGGCCCGUACCGUGCCGUUGCACAGGCACUGGAGAUCAUUCCGCGCACGCUGGCUCAGAAUUGCGGUGCGAACACGAUUCGCACCCUGACGGCUCUAAGGGCGAAGCAUGCGUCUCACCCGGUUGGUUCCGGACCGUGCACCUGGGGAAUAGACGGCGAGAGUGGUCAGAUUGUCGACAUGAAAGAGAAGGGCAUUUGGGAACCGCUCUCGGUCAAGCUGCAGGUUUACAAAACCGCCGUAGAGACGGCCAUUUUGCUGCUGCGUAUCGACGAUAUCGUGUCUGGUUCGAAAAAGAAGAACUCCGAUGGAACUGGGGCUACUCCGGCGCAAGCGGCACAGGGAAUGGAAUAGAGUGGUGAAUUUUUUUCCUCCAAUUAAGCUAGUUUAUGAUCAUCCCCCGAUCUUUAAUGUUUUUUCAUGUCUUCUAAAUAAUAGAUUUUCAUCUCAAUUGCGCCUAACUUUCACAUGCACUUUACAAUACGUUUAUCACGUUUGGAGCAAAACGUUUGCUUUCAUCUUUAGUUCGAAAUGCAGAUCGCCUAACAACUA